CACGUGACGUAACAAAAUAUCCGGUGAAUGUGAGUCGGUUUCCGGUUUGUCCUGCGGCUUAAAUGUUUAAGCUUUUUCGAGUGUUUCUUUAAAUUACCGUGUUUAAUCGUCUUUUUAACUAUACAUGCGAGUAUAAAACAACCGCUAGAGUGAUAGGAAAGAGUUAUCGUGUUAGCGGACAGCAGUGAACGCAGCAGAAUCAAAAUGGCGUCAGUUUUGUUACUCCACUUAGCGUUAAUUUAAUCCAUCCCCGUUUAUCGUGACAAAUACACUUGGUUAACCGCCGAGUUACGUCUUUUUAAAGUGUUUCCGUUUCAAACACCGAUCCUCGAUUGUCGGGAGAUAAUACGGUGUCAUGUCGGACUCAGAGGAGGACAGUCAGGACAAACAGCUGAAAAUUGUAGUGAUUGGAGACGGAGCCAGUGGAAAGACGUCACUCACCACCCGGUUUGCUCAGGAGGCCUUUGGGAAACAGUACAAACAAACCAUCGGUCUGGAUUUCUUUCUGAAGAGAAUAAGCCUUCCAGGGAACCUGAAUGUGACGCUGCAGGUCUGGGACAUCGGAGGCCAAACGUUAGGAGGAAAAAUGCUGGAUAAAUACAUCUACGGGGCACAUGGUGUUCUCCUGGUGUAUGACAUCACCAACUACCAGAGCUUUGAGAAUCUAGAGGAUUGGUUCAGCAUAGUGAAGGCAGCCAACGAGGAGUCCGACGUCCAACCCGUUGUCUCCUUAGUGGGAAACAAAAUCGACCUGGAGCACAUGAGGACGGUGAAGGCGGACAAACACCAGCGCUUCUGCCAAGAAAAUGGAAUCAUCAGUCAGUUCGUAUCGGCCAAAACUGGAGACUCGGUUUACCUUUGUUUCCAGAGAGUCGCUGCUGAAAUCCUUGGUGUAAAGUUGAACAAAGCAGAAAUAGAACAAUCACAGAGGAUCAUAAAGGCUGAGUUGGUGAACUACCCACAGGAUGAAGGUCCAGCUAGACCAGAAAUCCCACAGCAGAGUAAAAUCUGCUCUGUUCAGUAGUUGGAUCGUGUAGUGAAGGCAGACAUUGUGAACUACAGCCAGGACACCGUGGCCAGGACAGUCAACCCCCCGCGCAGCUCCAUGUGUGUGGUGCAGUGACACACACACACACACACACACCCCUGCACACACACACACAGUUAAGUCAGUAUUCCUCACUUCAGGAGUUUUGCACUGACUAGACUAGCUCUCUGUAUUCCUGUUGUGGUUCAGAUGAAGAACAGACUGUUGUUUUGUGGUUUCACUCUGUUGUCGUUCUGAUUUUUGGCAGAAAUAAGUUUCAGGAGAAUUCACCACAAAGAAAAAGUAGCACAUCUUUUCUCUUCCUUUUUUUUUUCUUUUUUAGUUUACUUGCAGCUAGAGUUUCACUUCAAUAAUUCCUUUUGAUAAAUAAAGACUCACUUUUUGGGGGGUUAUUUUUAGGACCCUGUGUUAAUAAUAAGAGUCGGUCAGUUGUUGUACACAGCUGUGACUUUUCAUCCAAAUCAUCCAUGUUAUUAUCCUGAGUGGUAGAAAAUAAUUCUCAUUUACUUCAACACACACGUGUAAAUAGAAACCUACUAGUUUCUGGAAAAUCUGCAAAGGCCGAAGGUGAUUUGAUGUAAAGUAAAAUCAAUAUGAACUAUCUGAAAACAUCAGACCAUUUGUCUGAUUUUUAUUUUGCUUGAUUUACAUGUAUUAAUGAUAAUGAUAGAAGUAUAUCAGUGUAUGUAGAAGGCCAUGGAGGAGCGGGUUCAUCGUAGGUGUUCUAAUGCUGCAGUGCAUUACUGUACUUUCAGUUUUUUCAGUUUACCUUGCAGUGUGCUAUGAUAGUGCACUGAAUGUUUGUUUUUUUUUUCAUGUUGCCAAGCGGAGUUCGACUCUAGCAGUGCCGUGAUGUAAACUAUGUACUGUUACUUUACAUGGAAGCAUUUCACAUUCAAGUAAUCCUUUGUAUUUCUUUUAGACUUUCUU